AUGGCCGGGGAAAACCAGCAGCAAACCCUCCGCAAGAGCAUCGCGGCGCACCAGCCCGCGGCUCCCACCCAGGUGCCCCCGCAGGCGCGGCCCCCGCUGGCCAACGCCAGUGGCCCCCAGAGCGGCGUCGAGGAGCGGGUGGCUCUCAAGAAGGAGAUCGGGCUCGUCAGCGCCUGUGCCAUCAUUAUAGGUAAUAUCAUCGGCUCAGGCAUCUUCAUUUCACCCAAAGGAGUAUUAGAGCACACCGGGUCAGUAGGGCUCGCUCUCGUCAUCUGGGUGCUUGGAGGAGGAAUCUCAGCUCUCGGGUCACUUUGCUAUGCCGAGUUAGGAGUUACCAUCCCUAAAUCAGGAGGAGAUUAUUCCUACGUCACUGAGAUUUUUGGUGGAUUAGCUGGGUUUUUACUACUAUGGAGUGCAGUUCUCAUCAUGUACCCCACUAGCCUGGCUGUUAUUGCACUGACUUUUUCGAACUAUGUUUUACAGCCAGUGUUCCCUAACUGUAUCCCCCCCUAUAAUGCCUCCAGAGUCCUCUCCAUGGUGUGUUUGUUGCUCUUGACUUGGGUGAACAGUUCCAGUGUCCGGUGGGCAACUCGCAUCCAGGAUAUAUUUACUGCAGGAAAACUCUUGGCCUUGGGCCUUAUCAUUAUCGUGGGCUUCAUACAGAUUUUUAAAGGAAACUAUGGAGAACUGCUACCCAGCAAUGCUUUCAAUUUCUGGAUGAUCCCGUCGGUGGGGCACCUGGCAUUAGCCUUCCUUCAAGGUUCCUUUGCAUUCAGUGGGUGGAACUUCCUAAAUUAUGUAACGGAAGAAUUAGUUGAUCCUCGCAGGAAUCUACCUCGUGCCAUAUUCAUAUCCAUCCCAUUGGUGACAUUUGUGUAUACAUUCACCAACAUCGCCUAUUUCACCGCCAUGUCACCCCAAGAGCUCUUGUCUUCCAAUGCUGUUGCGGUAACGUUUGGUGAAAAGUUACUGGGCUAUUUUUCGUGGGUUAUGCCAGUCUCGGUGGCUCUGUCUACAUUUGGAGGAAUAAAUGGAUACCUUUUUACCUCGUCAAGGUUAUGCUUCUCUGGUGCGCGAGAAGGCCAUUUACCAAGCCUGUUGGCUAUGAUUCAUGUUAAACAAUGCACCCCAAUUCCAGCUCUCCUUGUCUGUUGUCUGGCCACUGUUGUCAUCAUGCUUGUCGGGGACACAUACACAUUAAUUAAUUACGUGUCGUUUAUUAACUACCUCUGUUACGGUGUGACAAUAAUAGGCUUGAUUGUGCUACGCUGGAAGAAACCCAAAGUCUUCAGACCGAUCAAGGUAAAUCUCAUGGUUCCAAUCACUUACCUGAUAUUUUGGGCCUUUCUCUUGAUCUUCAGUUUUUAUUCUGAGCCAGUAGUCUGUGGAAUCGGACUGAUUAUCAUAUUCACUGGAGUGCCAGUGUUUUUUCUUGGAGUGUACUGGAAAAACAAACCAAAGUGUGUAAACAGGAUAACAGAAUCUUUGACAUAUUGGGGCCAGAAGGUGUGUUUUGUUGUCUACCCUCAAGGGGGACCUCCAGAAGAGGAGGAUGAUAUACCUUUCACUCAUUCGCCCCUCUCUGGAAGUGAGAAGAGCUUGAAGAAAUAA